AUGACUGUCAGUUGUGAUAAUUUCCCCUGGAGGCAGCCACACCAAACGAUGAAUCUGCCUGCUGACGGAAAACCCCAAGUGCAGUUGAUAUGCGAGCGGCUUAUCGAUAAAUUUGCAAGUCGUCUUAAAGAAGAUACUUCAUUAGGUCUUUCAGUGGAUACACAAGACGAAUUUUUGCGGGUAAAGGCUGAGAGGGCAAAAGAAAGAGAAGUAGAAACCGACUUGCACAGAGAGCGUGAAAUCUACAGCAACCUCACCAUUGCGAUGAUUUCAUUCAUCUUUUUCAUGCAGGUAUGGAGGGAAGGCACAGCUGAGAGGCUGCGGGCUCAGUCUUCUUUAUUCCCCCAAAAGGAAAGCGGAGUUUUCAGCCUGCAGUCCGAACGCGCGCCACGUGAAGAGGCUGUUGACGGCAAGAGGAGACGUGUAAACACCGGCGACUCUGAUGAUGAGUUUGAAGAUGCGAAUCUGGAUACAUUAGGGUUUGAGACAUCGUUAGAACAUCAGCGCUUGCGAGCGUCUGCAGCUGAGCUUCGAUAUCGAGGCCUGCGGAUUGUUCGCGUGCAUUGA